GGCCAGCUUCAGUUCUCGUUCGACAACGGCCCGGGAAAGUCCAGAGCGGUUCGGUUACAUUCUGUCGAUGGUGGAUUAGAAAGUGGAUAACAUAACUGCUGGAGAGCACUGUUAUCAAAGUGAGACCUAUCAUAGUUCGAAAUGGGUAAAGGUCAUCGCUUGGCCUUUUUGCUGGUGUGCCUAGCAGGAUGCUGCUAUGCAGACGAUGCGACGUCGGACAGCAACAAACCAGCGACAACGCAAACGUGGAUUGAUAAGCUUAAGAAGGAUUUGCUGGCCAACUACGAUCGGAACGUGCGACCGACGCAGCACUACAAUGUCACCCAUCUGGAUUUGAAGAUGACAAUUCGGCAUGUGGAUAUCGAUGAGGAAAAUUCCAUCUUUUCCGUUUAUGGAUGGGUUAAAAUGACCUGGACCGACGAUAAACUCAAAUGGAAACCGGCAGACUAUGGGAACGUGGACCUGUUCCGGUGCAACCCGGACAGUGUGUGGAAACCGGAUGUCGUUCUCUAUAACAAUGCCAGAGGCUCGGAUAAUUUGCACUACGGACAAACCAACGUCAUUGUGUACAGCAGUGGUCAAGUGCUUUGGGUGCCUCCGACCGAUUAUCACAGCUUCUGCGAACUGAAUCUCCGAUACUGGCCCUUUGAUUACCAAACGUGUAUUCUGAAAGUGGGUUCAUGGACCUACGAUGGAUACAAACUGAAUCUCACUACUAGUGAAGCAGAACCGGAGAUCGAUAUUGGCGUCCCGAACAAUGAAUGGAGCAUUCGGAAGGUUACAACCGAUCGGAACACUGUGUACUACAAAUGCUGCAGUGAACCGUACAUCGACAUCCAGUACAACGUCACUCUUCAACGCCAUUCAUCAACCCACAAGGCCAUUGUUGUAAGCCCAGCAUUCGUUAUAAUGCUACUAGCUUUAUCCGUAUUUUGGCUUCCGCCACAUUGUGGUGAAAAGAUUGUGCUGAACGGUAUCAUUGUGCUGGUUGUCACGGUAUUCCUCAUCUAUUUUGCUCAGCAACUGCCGGCAAUGUCAGGAAAUACUCCUCUGAUUGUAACCUUCUAUAGCACCACGUUUUACUUGGUAGCCAUCAGUACAAUCCUAUCGGUGAUUAUUUUGCGUAUAACUCGUGGCAAGCGAUGCCAUGCCGUACCUCGCGUUUUGAAGAGUCAGUUGGACGGAUGUCUCGGUUCUGUACUUCGUGUGGGCAAUGUCGGUCCAUCUGAAGAAGACAAAGAAGCGGCCGGUGGCGAAAUAUCCGUGAAUUCGAAGCAACAGGAUUGGUGCCGUUUAGCAGUACUACUGGACAGACUGGCAUUUGUAGUUUAUUUGAUCGUUUUUGCCAUUUCGAUCAUUUGCUUCAGCUUAUAGUUCAAAGUUUAAUGUGUGUGUUCAACAUUGCCAAGUUGUCAAGAAAUAAGAAUUCUCAGUCAAGCAGCUUUCAUUUACUUAUAAGUUUACUCAAGUUCGUGUCACAUUACGCUUUAAUUAAAUUGCCCAUUUUGCUUUUUCUUAUUGUU